UCAGCUCACUGUGUAUUUCCAGAGACGAAACCAAAUAUCGUUAAAUCCCACCUCCACAACUUCCGUCAGUCAGGAUUCUCUGAGCUUCCUCUUCUCAUCAUCUCUCUCUUCUCUCUGGGUAUUGCCACCGGAAUCCGUGACGCAGGCGCCGCCCGGGCUCAUCCCCACGUCCUCCCUGAUCUAACAGUCGGCCCUUGAGGCUUUCUGGCUGCUCCGGAGUGGCCGUCGCAGCUCCGAGCAUCAUCGCUUGAUUCUCAUGACUACUAUAAAGCCCUUGCCUCAGUCUCUCAGCAGCUUAGUGCGCUCCGGCAUUGUUUUGUUCGAUUUGACAAGGGUUGUUGAAGAGCUGGUCUUUAACAGUUUGGAUGCCAGUGCAAAAAAGGUUUCAGUUUUUGUAGGUGUUGGAAACUUUUCCCUGAAAGUAGUCGAUAAUGGAUCUGGUGUAACUCGAGAUGAUUUGGUGUUAUUGGGAGGGAGAUAUGCAACAUCCAAAUGCUGGCCCUCAGAUGAUACUGGCACCACUUUUGGGAGCUUUGGCUCUCGUGGAGAAGCGCUGGCUUCUAUAUCUGAUGUUUCAUUGAUAGAGAUGAUAACAAAAACUCAUGGGAGCCCGAAUGGAUAUCGUAAAAUUUUGAAGGGAUGUAAAUGUCUACAUCUUGGAAUUGAUGAUGAUAUACAGGAUGUAGGAACAACAGUGAUAGUUCGUGACUUAUUCUACAAUCAGCCAAUUCGACGGAAGUAUAUUCAAUCCAGUCCUAGGAAAGUGUUGGACUCAAUCAAGAAGUGCAUACUUCGCAUCGCUCUUGUAAACACAGAAAUCUCCUUCAAAGUUGUUGACAUUGAAAGCGGAAAUGAGCUUCUCUGCACGGAGCCUUCCUCAUCUCCUCUCUCUCUUUUGCAAAGAACUUUUGGGAUUGACAUCUGCAAUGCGCUUCGGGAGUUGAAGGCUUCUGAAGGCGUAUUAAAUCUAACAGGCCACAUUUCUGGUCCUGGCGAUGACUUUUCUUUUAAGGCCUUCCAAUAUGUCUAUAUAAACUCACAGUUCAUUUGCAAAGGCCCAAUCCAUAAGGCGGUGAAUCAGCUAGCGGCAAAAUUUGAGUUUUCAAAUUCAUGGGACACUUUUGGUUUACCAAAUGGCAAGAGAAAUAGGCCUCGGGCAUGCCCAGCAUAUCUGUUAAGGUUAAGCUGCCCUCGAUCUCUCUAUGAUUUAAGCUUUGAACCAUCAAAGACAUGCGUUGAGUUCAAGGACUGGAAUCCAAUACUCGCUUUUGUUGAGAAUGCGGUUCAACAGUUCUGGAAGGAAAGGGAACCUGAAGGAAGAUAUUCCCAUACAUUCUCUGAAGCAUCAGGACAAAAUUUAGAAAACUGUGUCUCAGGAAGAGAAGGUAGAACUAUGCAUGGAAACUUUGAAUCUGUGAAGAAAAAGUUCAGAUUCAAAGGUGACCACAGCCUUUCCUCUUUCCUGCCAGAUUUACCGAGUGAGGAAACAAACCAUUUCUCUGGUGUGGAUAAGCUUGAAAUCCCGUUUCAGGAUUGUGAUCCCAGUCGUGUGAAAUUUACGGAACAAAGAAACGAAAUAGAUUCGUUUCUACAUAUUGAUCAUUUCCUUCAUCGAGAUUAUAGUCCAGUUGUUAAAUGCAGGUCAAGUGGGAUUUUAAGGGGUGAGGAUAAUCAAUGCAGAUUUAACAACACCUUUUGUUUCAAUGAUGCUAGUUUCGGAUGUGCAGAAGGAAAUGUCUUGGGAGAGGAACGAAGACGUGACAGUUAUUUGAGAGUCAAUUGUUUGAGUUCAGCAUGGAAAGAAAAGUCCCAUGAUAUUAAUUCCAUCAUUAGCAAUGAACCGGGACAUAGGUCACUAUCUUUUGAUUCCCCAGAAGACUUCGUGAUGGGAAGAGAGAGGAAAAAGCCGUUUCUGCAGAGUUGCUCGUCACAAGUAAAUCUCCCCCUGAAUGGGCUGCAUUUUCCAAGUGAUAAAGGAUUUCAAACUGAUGACUUCAAGAGGAAACAAAAGCAAGUUAACCCUCGUGAUGAUGAUAUUCACUUGCCACGGCUCUUUCCUAUGAUGUCAUGGCAUGAAGAAGAACGUGAUUCUCUGCUGAUAGACAAUGAUACUUCUUACAGAUAUACAAGGCCUCUAAUGGAAGAAGACUCCUUUUCAUGGUCUUGUGAUUUGACUGAGGUGCAGAAUGCUUCCUCAAGUGGUUGCUCAUUAAAUUCUAAUUGGUCUUCUGUUAUCUCUGACCCCCUCCCAAAAGACACAUGGGAUGGGCUGUUUCACGUGGACGGGACUGCACCAAAAUCAAGUUUGAGCAGUAAACGAACAAGUUACGAGCAUCCACCAGAUAAAAUGGGCUGCAAAUUUUGGGUCAGAGAAGAAACUAGUGAUAUUUCUAGAGGGGAGGUUUUCGAGCAAAAUCAUGCUCAAGGGAAAAGAUCUAGAAGAAGCUAUUCUGCUCCUCCAUUUCACAGACAAAAGAGGUGGUUUGAUUCCUUAAGUCAUCUCCGGUUGGUGGAUAGAAUGAAGCCUGACACUGAAACAUGUCUUGAUGCGUUUUCCUGUCCAGGAGCUGGUAAGCUGGAAGGUGGCACCAUCCAUUGCUCUGCCGCUAAACAACAGAGCUCGGCAGUGUCGUUUUCUGACAGACAGGAGAUCCAGAAGUACUUUGAAGUUGAUCCUGGCGGCACAGAAAAUGACAAAGAUUCUAUCCUUGGGGAAAUUCAAGAAUCAAGAGAUUCCGGAGUCAAGUGGCGAGAGACUUGCCUGCAGACAAGAAGUAAACCUUUGGAAGGUCACGAUGAGAGCAAUAUUCUAGACAUCUCAUCUGGAUUCUUACACCUUGCUGGAGACUCAUUGGUUCCCAAAAGCAUCUCCAAGGAUUGCCUUUUUAAUGCCAAAGUUCUACAGCAGGUUGAUAAAAAGUUCAUUCCAGUAGUUGGAGGAGGAGCUCUAGUAGUUAUCGACCAGCAUGCUGCAGAUGAAAGGAUUCGCCUAGAAGAUCUGCGCCAAAAGGUAUUAUCUGGGGAAGUGAAGACAAUUAGCUAUCUGGAUUCUGAGAAGGAGCUGCUACUGCCCGAGAUUGGCUAUCAACUAUUGCGUGAUUAUGGGGAACAGAUAAAAGAGUGGGGCUGGAUCUGCAACAUUCAUUCUCAAUGUUCAGGAUCCUUUACAAAGAACUUGAAUCUCAUAAACAGGCAGAGAACUGCAAUCACACUUUUAGCGGUCCCCUGCAUUUUAGGUGUCAAUUUGACCGACGUGGAUCUGUUGGAAUUCCUUCAGCAGCUCGUAGACACUGAUGGAGCAUCUACGAUGCCACCAGCAGUUGUGCGAGUCCUCAAUCUUAAAGCAUGCAGAGGUGCGAUCAUGUUUGGCGACUCUCUGCUUCCUUCAGAAUGCUCACUCAUAGUGGAGGAGCUGAAACAAACCUCUCUCUGUUUCCAAUGUGCUCAUGGAAGACCCACAACUGUCCCUUUGGUGAAUUUGGAUGCACUUCAUAAGCAGAUACCUAAACUCUGUGGUGUAAAUGCUCCUUCGAAUGAGCCAUGGCAUGGGUUGCGCCGGCAUGGGCUAAGUCUGCAACGUUCUGCUCGGCGACUACGCUUAGCCAUGAGCUAAUGUCCCUUGGGUCCCCGAGAUUACAUACUUGUAUAUAUAACACCCACCGGGGGAAAUAGGGUUUUGUGUACCUUACGUAAUAAAGUUGUUUGUUCAUUGUUGUAUACUAAGGAGAGGGUAGACUAGUCGAACAAUCGGAUCUCAAAAAUGAUCACUUGAAUGUUUCAUGAUCGAAUAAGAUCCAUCCUCAGAAUUGUAGAAGAGUCACCUGAAUGAUUGUCUCUGUAUCCUGUAAGGGCUUUUAUGUGGUUUGGAGUGACUAUCAUUCAGAAUACAGGUACUAGUCACCGUUUCAAUGUC